AUGGCCCAGGCACAGCUCAGCUCCUGGCUGCUCCUGUGCGUGUUUGCUGCAUCCCAGAGGCUGACAGAUGAACAUCUUCGCAGCGGCACCAACAGAGCCCGUCGUGGCCCAGAGGACGCUGGCAUCAUGCUAGAGAUGCUCUGGGGAAGGCUGGAUAUUCAGGCCAACGGGACAAUCCGCCUGCGGGAUGAAGAGCUGGCCUCCCUACGCCCGGCACGGCGCUUCCUGCAGAUUUUAGAGGAGGAAGUUCCCAAAACACCGGCAGAGAUUGAGCAGCAUCUGAGAUACUAUUCACUGACUGACACUCCCUUGCCUCCGACAGAGUUUGACCGUCUCCUUUUCACCAGUGUUUACAGUGCCUAUCAGGUUCGCUCCGUGCAGGGUCUGGAUAAAACCCCCUGGAUUGGCUUUUUCUCUCAGCUGGUUGAUGAAAUCUUUCGUGACCUGUGCAAGGGGCUCUGCCCUGCAAAUACCACUCUCCUCCAGGCUUCCUGGCCUUGGAAGGAGAAGCCUUCACAUUUAGCAUCCCUGAAACAUUUCUAUCGCUCUAACCUGGCCAGGACCAAGAGAGAUACCUAA